ACAUUCACAUGUGGAUACCAGCACAAGGACAACAGCAACCGAGUGAGGAACUCUGCCCUCAGUGCUCCCACAAACCUGAGGGUCACAGGUGCUGCUGUGAUGGCCCAGGACAUCUGCAGCUCCCCAGGGCAUGGUGACCUCCCAGCUCCUGCCUUUGACAUGACCCCCACUGCUGCAAAGGAAGGAGAACAGGUCAUAUUGCAGUGCCAAAUUUCUUGGAAAUCUCCUGUCACCAGAAUCAUCUUCUGCAAGGAUGGGGUGCAGGUGCACAGCCUGAAAGCCCAACAAGGGAAGGGGAACUAUGUCACCUUUUUCCCUAUGACAAGGGAGAGCGCAGGGACAUUCACAUGUGGAUACCAGCACAAGGACAACAGCAACCGAGUGAGGAACUCUGCCCUCAGUGCUCCCACAAACCUGAGGGUCACAGGCAGCGGGUCCAGCUCCCAGGCAGGGACAUCCACUGCUGCUUCUGUGCCCCCAGCUACCAAUCCCCAGAAACUCCACACCAUCAUAGGAAUCAUAAUUGGAGUGGUGACCCUCUCCCUCCUCCUCCUCCUCCUCCUGAUUGCAGCCUGUGCCAUGAGAAAAGGGGCCUGCAGAGAGAGAUGCCAAAGGUGAGCAGCAAUCCCUGGGGGCUGCGGGGCUGGGGCUGAUGGAGACGGGGGCAUCCCGGCCCCCUGGGGUGGUCCUUGUCCAGGGGCAGCAUGGUCUGUGCCCGUGGGGGGAUUCCCCCAUGGUGCAGGCAGGGAGGAGCAGGGCUUGCCUUGGCCUUGACUCCAGCCAUGGAUCUGAUGCAAGACAGAAUCAUCCAUGGCAAUGACUCCAAUGGGCUCAUCACAGUCUGAGUGCAGACCCCAAAUCCCUUUCUCCCAACUCUCUCCAGGCAGCAGCAAGUUCCCAGCCACGAAGUUGAAUCAACAAUUUAUGAUGAAGUAGAAAUGUGAUUUCCUCCUCUUCCCUCUGGGUGACCCAUGGACCCCUCUUUCUGUGGGAUCCCCUUCUUGUGUCCUGGCACCAGCAGAAUCCCCGAGCCUGUGAACCUGCCUCAAUUUCUUGUUUUGACUCUGCCAUAAUCAGUAGAUCAAUAAUAUAAUAUCAUUCACCAAUGUAAUGGUGAACAAUGAUAGCACCUGACCAGAGCUGCUACAGCAGCUUCCACCCGCUGGUGGCAAAUGGAGGGACUGUGUUUACAUCUCUGAGGGAAUACCUGAAAAGUGCAUUGUUUUUGUUGCCAGGUAAAGGCAAACUGGGUCCUGAUUUUCUGAAGCAAUGGGUUUUGA